AUGCCCAGCUCCGCGCCGCGCGGACGCACCGAGCCCGCGCUCAGACGCCCCAGCUCCGCCGAGAGGCCGCUCGCGCCGGGUCCUUCCUCUUCCCCAAGUGCAGGUAGAGCCCCCGGAGCCAUGGCCAGCCCUUCCGGCAGCUCCGAAGCCACGGGCAAGCCCCGAGGCAGGGAUGGCCGGCCCAGGAGCGAGGAGGACGAUGUCCCUCCCGAGGAGAAGAGGCUGCGGCUGGGGCUGGAGGGGGGAAGCGCACAGCCCGAGGACGGGGAGGACGCGCCGCGGCCAGGCAGGGAGGAGACCGGCACCCAGACAGGUGGCGACGGCAGAGGAGAUCUACUGUCCCUGCCAUACAGCCUGGUCGAGGAUCAGGACUACAAGUCUGAAAAUUCAACCCUCCUCCCCGGUGCCAAGAACAGUCUGCAAGACUCCUACAUAGCUGUUCAACUAAUUGGUAAACAGAAACCAGGCAGAAUAUCCUGGAAAGGACAAGACUAUCGAAGGUACUGUGAUCUUUUCUGCAAGGACAUAUCUCCAUUUAAUCCAACCAGGAGUUGCCUGUUCAUCUGAGCCUCAUGCUUCUCUUAAGGUGAGCACUAAACAACAUGCUGAAGUCAGGCUGGUACAUCCCAAGUUGUGUGACUGACCACCAAUUCUGUCUCUCGCUCUCUC